AUCAUCAUCAGAUCAGCAAAGUUUUCAUUCACUAAUCCGUUCUCCGACGUCGUCAGUUCGUCGCGUAGUUGGAAGAAAAAAAGUGAUUUUUCGGGGAAAAACAUCAGCAGAUUUUCCUCUGAACGAUACCGUGGGGAAAAUUGCAAGUAUUCUAAAGUUUUGUGGUGUUUUUGCGAGUGGAUGUAAAGUGCUUAAAAGUGAUUUCGCCAAAGUUUGAAAAAAGUGCAUUUCGUGGCCAAAGUGAUUCUCCCCCACCUUCCGAGAAAAAAUUUGAUUGUGCAAGAAAAACGCAGUGAUAACAUCGUAGGCGUCGGGGCACCCUCCCCGCCAGAGUGGGAGACAGGGGGAAAAAAUCUCCAAAAGGAGGAAAAUUCGCGACUUUUUGUUGCGAGCGAGCGUCUCAAGAGUGCUGCAAUCUCCGGCCUACUUUGCAUUUAUUUACAUUGCCUUUGAUGCUGCUGCACCACUUACGUGUCAAUCCUGGCAGAAGAAAAUAACAUCGCACUGGUGCAGCUGCUGGGGACGGAACGGGUCACCGGAGGAGGAGGGCAAUGAGUGGCCACCGCAAAGUCAAAGAAGCUCUGCCAGCCGGGAAAAAGUUUGAAGAUUUGAAGUGAUUCUUUUUACUGUUGAAGGCAAAUAAAAACAUCUAGUAAAAGGGUGCAAAAAUCCGACAAAAAAACCGAAAUCCAGUAAUCUUACGUAAGUUUCGCCUCCCCCGGGGGUAGGUUGGCCACCACACCAAACAGAUUCUGUGGCCAAAAUGUCGUCGUCGUUUGCGGCAGGUGGCACCACGGACAACGAGGCGGCGCAAAAGUUCCUCGAGGCGCUGCAGACCGACUUCCGGAACCUGUCGCUGGAGACGAAGAAAAAGUACCCGCAGAUUAAGGAGUCAUGCGAGGAGGCCAUACUGAAGCUGAAGACGGCCGGGGCGAACCCGCAAACGCCGGUCUACUACGUGGUGAACCAGAUUUUGUACCCGCUGGUGCAGGGCUGCGAGUCCAAGGACGUCAAAAUUAUCAAGUUCUGCCUGGGUAUGAUGCAGCGGUUGAUUACGCAGCAGGUCGUGGAUCAGAAGGGUGCCCGGUACAUCACGGACACGCUGUGGAUGCUGAUGGAGAAUGGGACGGAGGAGGUUAAGGUGUUGCAGAGCGUAACGCUGCUGUUGACGACGAAUACGGUGGUUCAUGGGGAAACGCUGGCUAAGACGCUGGUACUGUGCUUUAGGUUGCACUUUACGAAGGACUCGACCACGAUCAAUACGGCUGGGGCGACGGUGAGGCAGCUGGUUUCGUUGGUGUUUGAGCGGGUCGUGGCGGAGGAAGCGGAAGCCGAGGCCAAUCAGGACGAGAAGAGGGAGGUGAACUUGGAGGAGCUGAAGAUGGCGACGGCGGUUGCACCGAAGGGACUGCGACCUUGCGCGGCGGACGCGUUUCUGCUGUUUCAGGACCUGGUUCAGCUGGUGAACGCCGAUCAGCCGUACUGGCUGCUCGGGAUGACCGAGAUGACGCGAACCUUUGGGCUGGAGCUACUCGAGUCCGUACUCACACAGUAUACGUCGGUAUUCUUCCGAAAUCCGGAGUUUUCGUUCCUGCUAAAAGAGCGCGUCUGCGCGCUGGUCAUCAAGCUGUUCUCGCCAAACAUCAAGUACCGCACGAUGGCCCCGCAGAACGCCCAGGCCACGGCACCGCACGACAAGCCGUACUUCCCGAUCAGCAUGCGGCUACUUAGGGUCGUCUCGAUCCUGAUCCAAAAGUACCACAGCUUGCUUGUCACCGAGUGUGAGAUAUUCCUCUCGCUGAUCGUCAAGUUCCUCGACCCGGACAAACCCUCGUGGCAGCGAUCGCUCGCCCUCGAAGUGCUGCACAAGAUGACCAUCCAGCCGGAGCUGUUGAUCUCGUUCUGUCGGUGUUACGACCUGAAAGAUCACGCCACCAACAUUUUCCAGGACAUUAUCAACUCGCUUGGGACGUACGUGCAGAGUCUGUUCGUCAACACCCAGCUGCUGACCAGCGCCGUCGGCGGUGCCCAAGGUCAGCAGGCUGCCCUCAUCGGGGGACUACCCGUUGGACCAGGGAUCUCGCCACAGCCAGGUUUCCUGUUCCGCGGGGUGUUCCUCCCGCUGGUCGUGACCUUCCCAAGUGGCCAAUCCAAGUCAACGUUCCUGGAGAUGCUCGAUAAGAUGGAACCGCCGGCGAUCCCGGACGGGUACGGCAUAUCCGUGGCGUACGCAUGCCUGCUGGACAUUGUCCGUUCGAUCUCGCUCUCAAUCCAAGGACCGUCCCAAAUUGGGGACGAAGCUCCUUUGCCGUACAAGAAUCGAGUAACAGAAGACGACAAGGCGCUGCACAUCCAGCUGAUCUACUCGAGUUGGCUCGGACUGUUGUCCGCGCUAGGUCCCCUCAUAGACGCCGCUACAGACGAAUCUUCAACGGAGAACGUCCUCAAGUCAAUCCAGAACUACGCCGCACUUUGUGGCCUCCUUGAACUCCACACACCAAGGGAUGCCUUCAUAACGGCACUCUGUCGAGCGUCCCUCCCGCCCCACUACGCCCUUUCGGUCCUGAACGUCAACUACCAGGGCAGCCAGUUCAAGUCGCACUCCCGCGGAGGCAGCCAGGACAUGGGCAACAUGUUCCUCGGAUCGUACGGCGACGCAGACCAGCAGCAACAGCAGCGCCAUCCGGUAGUCGCCGUUGGAACUCCCCUUCCAACGUCCUCACUCCCAGUCGGAGCCCAUCAAGGUCCGGUCCUACUAACCGCCAAGAACCUUCAAUGCAUGCGAUCGGUUCUUCACCUGGCUCACUGCCACGGCGGAAUCCUCGGUAGUUCCUGGCACAUCGUCCUUACAACCCUUCAACACCUAGCGUGGAUCCUCGGCUUGAAACCCUCCACCGGAGGUAGUCUCCAAGCGGUCCAGAAACCCCCAACCGACGCCAACUCGAUCACCCAGGUCAUGACGGAUCUCCCCGUCCUCUCAACCAUGCUCUCCCAACUCUUCGAGUCCAGCCAAUACCUAGACGACGUCGCACUACACCACCUCAUCGACGCCCUCUGCAAACUCUCCCACGAAGCGAUGGAACUAGCGUACAACAACCGCGAACCGUCCCUCUUCGCCGUAGCCAAACUGCUCGAAACCGGCCUCGUCAACCUGUCCCGCAUCGAAGUCCUGUGGCGCCCACUAACCAACCAUCUCUUAGAAAUCUGCCAACAUCCACACAUCCGUAUGCGCGAAUGGGGCGUCGAAGCCAUCACCUACCUGGUCAAGGCCGCCCUCCAGUACAAGUACGAGAAACCCCUCAAGGAAAACCUCAAACUACAAACGCUCCUCCUGGGACCGCUUUCGGAACUUUCCUCCGUACCACACGGCGAUGUCCGCCAACGCCAGCUGGAGUGCGUCCUGCAGGUACUCAACGGCGCCGGUGAAACCCUAUCGCACGGGUGGCCGCUGGUCCUCGGGAUAAUCGGUGCCGUCAACGAUCACCACGGCGAGGCGCUCAUCCGGAUCGCCUUCCAGUGCUUGCAGUUGGUCGUGACAGACUUCCUACCCGUUAUGCCGUGGCGCUGCUUGCCGCUUUGCGUCAACACCGCAGCCAAGUUUGGCUCGCAGACGCAGGAGCUGAACAUUUCGUUGACGGCGGUUGGACUGAUGUGGAACAUCUCCGAUUACUUCAACCAGAACCAGGAGAAGCUCUCGCAGACGGUCUGCGACGACACCUCCGUGCUGCCGGACUUUCCCGGCACGCUCAACAUGCCCCACUUUGACCGGCUGUGGAUGUGUCUGUACGCGCGGCUCGGCGACCUGUGCGUGGACCCGCGACCAGCGGUUCGCAAGUCGGCCGGGCAGACUCUGUUCUCGACGAUUUCCGCCCACGGAAAUCUGCUGAAUCCGCCCACCUGGCAGGCGGUCCUCUGGCAGGUGCUCUUCCCGCUGCUGGACAAGGUCCGGGCGCUGUCCAGCUGUGCCAGCAGCGAGAAGGUCGACACCAGCGGCAACAUCCUGAUCCACCACUCGCGCAACACGGCGCAAAAGCAGUGGGCCGAGACGCAGGUGCUGACGCUGUCCGGCGUGUCCCGGGUGUUCAACACGAAGCGCACCCUGCUGCAGAUGUUGGGCGACUUCCCGCGCGCUUGGGCACUCCUGCUGGAGUUUAUCGAAAAUUCCGCCCUCAGCAAGAGCAACGAGGUUUCCCUGGCGGCACUCAAGUCCUUCCAGGAGAUUCUGUACAACCGACCAACGUCGCAAUCCGACGACUCGCUAAAACUACCCAAGGACGCAGCGAUCGCGGAAAAGACAGCCGCCGCCAACGAGCAGAUCGACAUCUGGAACGUGGCCUGGCGCGUUUGGUUGAACAUCGGAGCAGAGAGUACCAAGCCACCCUCGAUGGACGCGGACAAGGACGACAUCUACAUUCCGAGUCAGGCCUUCCUGACGGCGCUGGUUCAAAUCUUCCCGGCGCUGUUCCAGCACAUCCGCACGCGCUUCAGCAACAAAGACCUUACGCAGCUGUGUGCCGUGCUGAUGAACGCCGUAGCCGUGCCGGUGCACAGCGAUUCGACGCCGUACAUCAUGUCGACGAUUUCGGACUCGCUGUUGACGCCACUUCACGAUGGGGUGUUGGAUUGUAUGGAGUUGCUGCAGAAGGAGGCGACCGGUGGGACGAACCUGAAGCACAUGAUUUCGGCGAUCUUCAAGCAGCUGUUGAGCUUCAGCAAAUUUGCGUGCGUGCCGCCGUCGUACGAUCGAGUGGAAACGAGACCCGUCAAAUCCCUUCGCUCGGGCAGCGUCGGCAUGUCCCAUCAGCAGCAGCACCAGCAACAGCAGCAAACCUCCGCGAACGGUGGCGCCGUCUCCUCCAUAGAAUGGGUCAGCAUGAACUACAUCCCGUUCGGCGAGAAGGCCCUCGCCGUUGCCGUAAAGCUGUACCAGCAGACCGCGGCCGACGAAGCCGUGGUGGAGGGCCAAAUUCUGCACGAGAUCAUCAAGGCAGUCCAUUUGCCGCUGUCCCUCAAGUACAAGUGCAUGUCGGCCAGUACGUGGAAAUUGGCCAUUUCGAGUUUGAUGACGGUGCUGCAUACGGGGUUGCCGGUGGCGCGGGCCCAUCCGAAGCAGUUUGCGCCGCUGUGGAAGGAUUUGUCGGACACGUUGGAUCAGUUUUUGUUUCCCAAGAGUGUCUGCGUCGUCGAAGAUCGUGGUCUGGACGAGCUGGUGUUGGACGAAGCCAUUGACUGUCAGGUGAUCGAGCUGAUCCGGGACGAAAUCCUGCCCUUCAGCCAGGAGAUCCCGCAGCAGUUUAUCCUGGACGCGGUGGUGCUGCUCAACAAGGGCUCGAUCCACUCGGCCACGACGGGAAGUACGCCGUUCGCGGGUUGUGAGACCGAGCUGAAGCUGCGCGAAGAGUUUGCCAAGACGUGCUUUGAGACGUUGCUGCAGUUUUCGCUGCUUGACGACGGGAUGGGUCAGCUGACGGCGAACAGCGUCAACAAUAACUGCUUGGACAAAGAUUCGGCGGCGGCGACUGUUAACGGGACGGCGGCGAAUGAGGGUGGCAUUGCGGGGCGGUUGGCCAUUACGGCGCUGCUGCAUCGGUUCGAGGAGGUGCUGAGGAAAUUCAACGACGACGAACGGCUGAGCGGGAAGUUUCCGCUGCCGAGAUAUCGACUAUCGGAAAUUUCGUUUGUGCUGAAGGCCGUCGCUACGCUUGUGAUAUCGAUGAAGAAGGCGCCACCAGCUAAAGUGGGCACCACCGCCUGGGAGCAGCUGAUCGGACUCUAUCCCUACCUGGUCGAGUGCACCACGACCUCCUCGGCCGAGGUGUCCCGCUCGUUGCGCGAGGCCCUGCUCCAGUACUGUGAUCUGCUGCGACCGCCGGCGUCCGCCCUCGCCCUUGGGGGCAAUCCGGAAUCGCCGACGACGACGCAGCGGUUGGACAACAACAACGACGUGGCCAACAACGUCGCCAACGGCAUCAGCCACUGUUAGCUGGUUUCGUUUCCGGCCGGAAGUUUCUACUUUCUGCUGCUGAUUUGUGAUGGCGACGGCGACGGAGUUCCGCGACUGCUGGUCAAGGUGGUUCUCUGAACGGUAAGGGACAAACGCAAUGAUUGUACUAUUUUUUUACCCUCCUUCUUUCUUUCUUCUUUGACUAUAUUGUGAGAAAUUGGGAAAACGUGUUUGUAAAGAAAAACAUAAAUCAUUUAUUUAUACAUUUUAUCGUUAAAUUGAGAGCAUUAAGUAAAGUAUUCCUUACUAUAGUAUAAAAAGAUUUAAAAUAUAUAUAUUUAGACCUUUUCUUUAAACCUAAAUUCUCCCUUCAAAAUCGACAUAAGAAAAACAAAAAAAAACAAGAAAAUUUAAUCUUAUGUCCGGUAGUCAAUGUUAAGGAACGAAAAUUGUGAUUGAAACCCAUGCUGACCUACAAAACGGUGGGAAAAGUAACUGAAAGAUACGAAACAAGUAAUAAUAACCCACAACAAAACAGCAAAGAAAGCUUUUCAUCUUUUCUCCAACGACAUGCUUAGCCAUUUUAGACAGAAACAAACUUUUCACUUUCUCCUCGUUAAAAAAAAACAAUUCCGAAAGCAAAAAUCUUUAAAAAUUACCCCUCACGAAAAUAGUAUUUGAAAAUUAACCUAAACCUAAUUAAUUCAUUCAUUAAUCAAAACUGUAGUGUUAUUUGCGCAGCGUUAUUUGUUGCUGAAAUAGUGAAACAAACAAAAAAGAAGUAAGAAAUCAAAAUAACCCACUUAUUAGCAGUUCUAGUGCCAAUUUAAAACAACAAAACGAACUUUUAGACUUUUUCACUUCUUCAACCUUGAUAAGGCAAAGUUUAGCGCGCCACCAACUAAUUUUCAUUCCUAUUUAAGCAAAAAUAUUGCAUCUUUAGCCAACAAUAGCGAGCACAGAUACACACUUCCCCUAUACAACCCCUUCGCGCUGCUACUCGGUAGUUGAUUUGUUUUCCUCCCUAUUUGUAGCAGAUUCUUCACAACCUAAUAUGAACAACAAAUACAAAAAUGAUAAAAAAGAAAACCUCUUACAAGUACACUCUUGCAUGGUUGUGUUGAAAGAAUAAAAUUUAACGGAAGCCUAAAGCUGCAAACACACAGACACGUUUUAAGAAGAUUGAUUGUUGUUUUAAAAAAAAAGAUGCACAACACAAAGCGUUACAAAAUUUAACGAUUCGGGAAUAAACCAGCAAAUAGAUUGAAACCUCUCUACUAAACUACACUCACUUACUCAGAUUAAAA